AUGAACAGUACACCUCUCCUCAGCGAGUUGCACGGUGUGAGGAAUCAUUCAAGUCCAUUGCAAAAACAGUGGUUCCUCAGCACAGGAGACCAGGCUGCUAAGGGAAAUUAUGGGCUUUUAGAUCAGAUCCAGGCUCUACGUUGGAUAAGCGAGAACAUUGGCUAUUUCGGCGGUGAUUCCAAUCGCAUCACUGUUUUUGGAUCAGGAAUUGGUGCCUCUUGUGUGAGCCUUCUGACCCUGUCCCAUCAUUCUGAAGGACUGUUUCAUCGUGCCAUAAUCCAGAGUGGCUCAGCAUUGUCCAGCUGGGCCGUCAACUACCAGCCGGUUAAGUACACAAGGCUGCUGGCAGAGAAAGUGGGCUGUAAUGUGCUGGACACACUAGACAUGGUAGAUUGCCUGAGAAAGAAGAGCGCUCGUGAGCUGGUGGAACAAGACAUCCAGCCAGCGAGAUACCACGUCGCCUUUGGCCCAGUCAUUGACGGCGAUGUCAUUCCCGACGACCCUGAGAUCCUGAUGGAGCAGGGCGAGUUUCUCAACUAUGACAUUAUGCUGGGUGUUAACCAGGGUGAGGGGCUGCGUUUUGUAGAGAACGUUGUGGACUCUGAAGAUGGUGUCUCGGGCAAUGAUUUCGACUUCUCGGUCUCUGACUUUGUGGACAGUCUUUAUGGUUACCCAGAGGGAAAGGAUACGCUACGAGAAACCAUUAAGUUCAUGUACACGGACUGGGCAGAUAGAGACAACCCUGAGACACGCCGUAAGACUCUGGUGGCGCUUUUUACUGAUCAUCAGUGGGUGGAGCCCUCGGUGGUGACGGCAGAUCUUCACGCCCGGUAUGGGUCGCCCACGUACUUCUACGCCUUCUACCACCACUGCCAGAGCCUUAUGAAGCCCGCUUGGUCGGAUGCGGCCCACGGAGAUGAGGUGCCCUAUGUCUUUGGCAUUCCCAUGAUUGGCCCGACCGACCUGUUCCCCUGCAACUUCUCCAAAAAUGAUGUCAUGCUCAGUGCUGUUGUCAUGACCUACUGGACAAACUUUGCCAAAACUGGAGAUCCCAACAAACCAGUGCCUCAGGAUACCAAGUUCAUCCAUACUAAAGCCAAUCGCUUCGAAGAGGUAGCCUGGUCCAAAUACAAUCCGCAAGACCAGCUGUACCUGCACAUCGGCCUCAAGCCACGAGUCCGGGAUCACUACCGCGCCACUAAAGUGGCGUUCUGGAAGCACCUGGUCCCUCAUCUGUACAACCUACACGAUAUGUUCCACUACACCUCCACCACCACCAAAGUGCCACCACCCGAGGCGACUCAGAACUCCCUGUCCACCAAACGUCCCAACGGCAAAGCCUGGCCAUUCAACACCAAGCGGCCUCCGAUGUCUCCGGCCUACAACAGCGAGAGUGGGAAGGAGCAAUGGAACGGAGAAGAGGAACCAGGCCCACUGGUGGUGGAGAACCCACGGGAUUACUCCACCGAGCUGAGCGUAACCAUCGCAGUGGGAGCUUCUCUGCUGUUCCUCAAUGUUCUGGCGUUUGCUGCUCUGUACUACCGCAAGGAUAAGCGCCGACAGGAGCAGCACCCGCAACUCAGCCCACCACGAGCCACCACCACCAAUGACGUGAACCGGCACGCCCCUGAAGAAGAGAUCAUGUCCCUGCAGGUGACCCAGACGCACCACGAGUGCGACUCAGGGCCGCCCGGUGACCCGUUACGGCUCGCUUCACUUCCCGACUACACGCUGACUCUGCGGCGCUCGCCUGACGAUAUCCCACUCAUGACGCCGAACACCAUAACCAUGAUCCCCAACUCGUUGGUGGGCAUGCCCAACCUACAUCCCUACAACACCUUCACGGCUGGCUUCAACUCCACCGGCCUGCCACACUCCCACUCCACCACGCGUGUAUAGCUUUAUGGUGAUCCGACAAAGGGAGGGAUGUGGGGAAAGCCUUUGGUUUUAAUGAAAACGUUGAAGUGAGAGGAAGGGGAUCAGGACGAUGACGGAAACAAAAUGAUUUGAAUAGACUUUUGCAAAAAGCAGUGACACGUUCUUUCCAGAUGUCAAGUUGUGCAAACCUGCCAAAACAGAACUGCUCUCUUUCCUUUGAAAAGGGACGAGGGUUUCAAGCAGUAUUUUUUCUAAUCAUCGUUAAAAAAACAAACAAAAAAAAACGCCUUUUUAUGCAGAAUCGGGCGAAUCACUUUUUUCUUGAAUAAAUAACAAAAAACAAAGGAAAGUGCAUUUUAUUUCCCAUCACAGUCUUUUGUGGGAAACAUGUUUCAAAACAGUGGCCUCUAAGGUGACAUCUGCAUAAUAUUGUUUGCUUUGCUUUUCAAUUUCUUUUCAAUGCCUUAUAAAGAGAUGUUUUUUUGCCUCUUAAUUUGACGAUCCUUUCCCUGAGAUGUGUUUGUGUGGAACGUAGCGAUCUGACUUGAGUGGUAGGAACCAUGAGACAGACGACAAAUAUGGAAACUGGUGGAUUGAAAUGGUAACUGCAACUCGUUUUCCAGUUGCAUAACCUCACAUGUUUUUUUCUUGGUUCCACUGAAAAUCUUUUGUUUGAAACUGUUUCAUUGGACAAGACUGGAGAUAAAGACUUUUAAAGUUACUGUAAUUGUUUUGUUUAAAGAAAAGUGCAUCUUUUACUACAAAAAUUAGCUAUCGGCUCCUGCGUCAAAUUCCCAUGAAAUGCACACUUACACACAACGCUCAGAGCACUGUUUGACUGGUGUGUGUGUGUGUGUGUGUGUGUGUGUGUGCGCGCGUGUUUGAUUGCCUUUGCCAUGUUUUCUGUUAAAUAUUUGUGUGAUAGGGGUGGGGGGGCUUCUGCGUUGAUUUUGUUCACCAUAAGUAAUGUUUCAGCUGCGUCUAUUGUCAUCUGUCUUUGCGAAAUAGAUCUUUUUGUUAUUUUAAAAAAGUUACAUAUGUCUAAUUUUGCUUAAGAAUUAUUACAAAAUAAAUCUAUUAUUUUACAUGCAAGAGAAAACAAUAGCUUAAGAUUGAACUGAACUAACUGACAUGAUUCCAUUGACUUUGUAAGCGUUCCUCUCGACUGGAGACAGUGGCCUCUUUACACUGAAUAACCUGACUUCAGUGUAGACAUGUGUUUCUUUAAAUAUAUAUAUAAAUAUGGGCAUACAUACAUAUAUGUAUAGGGCUUUUAUGAAGAUUUUGCUCCCAUUGACCUGAAAGUGUAAAUGACCAUUAUUAUCAAUUAUUAGGCUGAAAGCACCUAUAUUCAGAGGGCAGAGCAGUUCGUGUCUGUACAAGUUUUAUCCUCUGCACCAUAAUCUGAGGCCACAACAAGUGUCUUUUUAAUAGCUCUAUAUGUAUAUUUAUGUAU